AUGAGGCCACAGAAAUUUCUUUUUCUGGCAUAUGCACUGGCCGCAGCUGCGUUCACCAUCCCGCAGCUUGAGGCACGCAAGUCAAAAAACCCUCAGAAAGCCAAGCCUUGUGCUGGAAAUACUGCCCACAAGAGAACAAAGUGGUGUGACUACGAUAUCAAUACGGACUAUACACAGACUGUACCAAACACAGGUGUUACCCGUGAAUAUUGGCUCUCAAUUGAUGAGAUUACCGUCGCCCCAGAUGGAGUCGAGCGUUUUGCAAUGGCUGUUAAUGGGACAAUUCCUGGGCCUACAAUUCACGCAAACUGGGGCGACAAUGUCGUUGUUCACGUUACGAACCAUCUGGAUGAAUCCAGAAACGGAACCAGUAUCCAUUGGCAUGGAAUUCGUCAGAACUACACCAACCAGAAUGAUGGUGUUGUCUCAAUAACCCAAUGUCCAACGGCACCUGGGUCAAGUAUCACAUACAAAUGGCGUGCUGCCCAGUAUGGAUCAUCUUGGUACCAUUCCCACAUUGGUCUCCAAGCCUGGGAAGGUGUGUUUGGUGGUAUUAUCAUCAACGGCCCUGCAAGUAAGAACUAUGAUGUCGACAAAGGCAUGCUGUUUCUGAAUGAUUGGUCUCACCGAACUGCGGAUGAACUCUAUACCUACGCUCAGGCUGUAGGUCCACCAACUCUCGACACAGGACUCAUCAACGGGACAAACAAGUACAACGAUUCUGGUUCUUAUUUCACUAUGCGCGCUAAUAAAGGAGAAUCCUAUCGCCUUCGAGUUCUGAAUGCGGCUAUUGAUACCCACUGGAAAUUCAUGAUUGAUAAUCACCAACUCACGGUUAUUGCUAUGGACUUUGUACCAAUCAAGCCAUAUACCACUGAGUACAUCAAUAUCGGAAUGGGACAACGUUAUGAUGUUAUCGUCACUGCGAAUCAGCCCAAGGCCAGAAACCACUGGAUUCGGGCAGUUCCUCAAACAGAUUGCUCGGAGAACGAUAAUGUGGAGGGCAUUAAAGGCAUCUUGCACUAUUACGGCAAGGUUGGAACCCCCAACACAUCACCAUGGCUUUUUGAUGAUAUAUGCCUUGACGAGGACAUGAGCAAACUUGUCCCCGUUGUCCCCAAAUCGGUUUCAGCGGCUGGCUGGGAUGCCAUGACCGAUGUUACUGUUGCCAAGAACACAAAAAAUCUCUUCCGUUGGUACCUGAACAGCACGACCAUGCAGGUUGAAUGGGAGGACCCGACUCUGCUACAGAUCCAUGAUGGGACAACAGAGUGGGAGGCUUCGAGCGGUGUCAUUAAGCUCCCAAAUGCCAACGAGUGGGUCUAUCUCCUGAUCAAUACUUCCAUGCCAGUAGCCCAUCCAAUCCAUUUGCAUGGUCAUGAUUUCUUUGUCUUGGCACAAGGUACUGGACCUUGGGAUGGGACUACUGUUACAUCAAACCCGCCACGCAGAGACACUGCCCUUUUGGCAAGUAGUGGCUACUUACUCAUGGCUUGGGAGACAGACAACCCCGGUGCCUGGUUGAUGCAUUGCCACAUUGGGUGGCAUACCUCAGAAGGAUUUGCCCUUCAAUUCAUUGAGCGAUAUGACGAGGCCAAGGAGUUGAUAGAUUACGAUUAUGUGAACGAUAACUGUCAAUCUUGGAUUGAAUAUGAUGGGGAAUUCAGUAUCGAGCAAGAGGACUCGGGUGUUUGA